UAUCAUGUGCCAAGUCUGCUGCAGGGGCUCGUAGUGUGUGCGGUUUAGCGCUGACUCGACUCGACUGUCGAAUGUCCUACACUUCCCACAUGCUCUUCCACUCCCAGUACUCCCAGUAGUGGGAUUGUAUUCGUUCGAAUUUUCGUUCUUCUUUGUCGUGAGAUCAUGAGAUCGCCGGCCUGCAAAAUAAUUUGAUGGCCAAUGUCACUUCAUGUAUUUUGAAAGAAACAAUACUUGCUUCGCUUGAUAAUUAUAGCUAUUAGUGCAGUGCUCCUGGGCUGUUGAGGACCCUGGCUUAGGAUGCUCUCAAUGAUCGAAUAAUGCACGCCAGUGCGCGAUCUUCAGCAACAACUGGCGAGAGAGACUGGCAAGCGCUAACCAAUUGCAAAUGCCUAACCCGUAACUCUGCUGAUUGCGGAUUCUGUCCAGUGACCAUCGUCUUCCCUUCUUCUUCUUCUUUGGUUCACUGCACGAAGUCCGUUGCAGUCGACAAGAGUCAACAUCGGUAUCUCUCGAGUGUUUAUCCGCUACAUUGAUGAAUGAAUAGUUGAAGAGGAGGAAGAAGAAGGCGGGCUCGACCGCGGAGAAUAGUGGUAUUCUCAACAAAUGCUUUAUCAUUGUGACGUUGUCCAGCCCUGGCCUCGCGCUAUCGUCUUGGUGGGCAGAACAAGUGUUAGUGAUCGACAGUCCGAGAGUGCGAGUUUCGUUUGAGUAGCGCCUCGUCUGGCGAGGACCUCCCCCUGGUUCCAUUCUUUGGAGUAUAACUGGUCCAGGAACACCCUGCCACCAUUGGUAACAGUUGCUGUGCGUGCUGCUCUGCGGAGCAGGACGACAAUGGCGGCGGUGUGGUUCAGAGCAAGCACUUCAUACUCCGGCGAGAAGUACUGCGGCUGGAAGCUGAAAUCCUUCAGCUGACACUGGCUCACGAUGGCUCUGUCACCUGGACAUUGUUCUUUCCUGAACGGGUGCCAAUCGUUCUGUAUGAGGACGAGGACAACCACCGACGGUUUGCUGAGAGAAGUGUCUUUCAUGUCCGUGCUGAUGUUGAAAAUUCCAGCAAGACCUUUGACGAGUUUCUGGCAUUUCCUGGUACCCCGAUGAGCAAGACAUCUGAUUGCUUCUUGCAAUGGAAGGAAACAGAGAAAGGCACUGUAUGGGGUCUGAAAUUCAUGCUGUCAACGGAUAUGGAGAGCUUCCUCAAAGUUUGCCUGAGUGGACUGACUACCGGGCAGAUUGCACACACAACCUCUACACGGGCACUUGCUGAUGCACUUGGCGGGCCAGCAAUGUCAGAGAAGGAACGGCGCUCCCGUGGCAAUGUUGGCAGACCGGCUAGUGUUGUUGAGAGUAGUAUUGAUGAGGAGACGUUUCACGGCAUUGCCAGCGAGACUGCUCAGAAUGCUGCACCGGAAGUGACACGUUUGCCGUCGCAUGUAGAGAGCCCCCAGGAGGAUGGUGGUACUCGCAUCGAGGCUGCUGUGGAUGAUGGCGAUGGUUCAUCUGAUCAGCAUGCUGGUGAGAGCGAUGAAGGUGAGGAACCGGAGUGCACGUACAUCGAUGAUGUGGAGCCCAACGUCGGUGAGCACGGAUCUGCCCAGCCUGCUGACACUGCUGCAGAGCAGAUUCCCACAGCAGGCCAGCAUGGUGGUGAUUUGGCUGCAGUCACUGUGCGUGGUGCAGCAGCAGGCGAUGCAAUGCGUUCGCCCACCGACAGUGCGCUGCUCAAUAGAGAUAGUGAUCUUGAACACUUGUCGUUGAAUCUGACCGAUGACAUUCUCUCGCAAUUCCCAAUCACUAUUGUCAAUAAGACCCCUGGAAGGGAGAUCGACUUAUCGUCACCUACGCCAGCAGAUACAACGAGCAGUACUUAUGAUGGCGAAGGCCCAACAUCACUGCUGACACCGCCUGUUGGGUUUUUGCACUCUACGGAGAAUCUCAGUGAACCCGCCGAGUAUAGGCGAGGCGAGGACGACCUGGUGAGUCCUACUCCCAUCUCGCCACCGGACUGGGUGGACAGUGGGCUGGGUUCACACGCUCUCUCACCAUUACAUCAUGCUACCGUCGCCAAUCAAGAUGGUGACAGCGCGGCGGCGACAGAAAGCAGCAUUACAGUGCAGAUAUCCACGCCAAUGUCGAGCGACGCACACGAGGAUUUACGUGCCAGCAUGUACAGCCCUGGCAUUGUACCUGUGCGCUCCAGAGAGAAUUUAGACCGCAUCAUUCCAGCACCAGCUAUGCAAGAUGCAGCUGCAUCGCCGUCUCAAGAUGCUAGUAGCAGCAAUACAGCGGAGGCCACAGGCAGUGAGCUGCCACCGUCGGGUCUUGUCAGCUCACUAAAAGCAAGAUUUGACGUCAGCUCUCGUGGUGUUGUCCAAACAAAGGAGCAGAUAGAAAGAGCUAGGUUGGCUGCAAGUGCCAUGCCCGCCGCGGAGGAGGCACCUGUUGAGAGUGGUAACGACACCAUUGAAAGUGAUGACACAGCUACUACGACCUAUCCUGUUUCGGCAGUUAAACCCGAGCAACCCGUUGUGACUGAUGGCAACCAGGUGUCAUCAGAAAUGCUUCCUGGUUCUGUUCGCUAUUCAGGGUACCUAGUGCUGAAGAAUGUCAUUUUCCACAAGCACGGACGGCUGACUUCUGGGUCGCGUCGUAAAUGGAAGAGCUGCUGGGGUGUGUUGCAUGGCACAACUCUCACACUGUAUCAGAGCAGUGGUGAGGAUGCCGAGGCUGACGAGAGCGCUCCCGUUGUCCUGACAACUGAUGUGUGCAAUGGUAUUGCACAGCUGGUUCAUGAGUAUGUAUACCGUGACUAUGUGACCAGUUUGAGCAGCAGCGAAGGCCACACUCACUACAUGCAGGCCAGUAGUCAGACUGAUGCCAGUGCAUGGGUCGGUUCCAUACACCUAGCUGCUGCACUUGCAGCAACAUCUGCCUCGACAAAAGCUGAUGCUAUUCAGGAUUUCCAGAGUCGCUGCACUCAGAUCCAGGAGGAAAUUGACACGCAAAGUCAAAUGAAGCAGAUGGCUGUGCUGCAGCAGAAAACCGCCACCGGCAAAGUCAAGUCGAAGAUUUCUGAACAGAUCAGUUCCUGGAGUGAAGAACUGGAGGCGUUCAACAUGGAUCUUUUCAAGUGGAAGUGCUAUAUUGCAGCACUGAAAGGCUCGGAGUUGCCCAACCCGCAGAACCUGCUAGCAUGUGCAACGAAGGCCACCAAGUCAUCCUUGCGUGGACAAGUUGCAACCUUCUCUGUGUCGGCCCUACAUUGCCUGGUGAUUGCACGGCGAGCUGCCAAGACAAGCAAUCAACGUCCAGCGUCACUCAAGCAUGCAAAAAAGACUGGCCCCGAGCCUGACAUAGUGCCAAUGAAAAAGAAUGAGAAUUCCAACAAGGGCUCUGCAUCUGGAUCAGUUGAGAAUGCUCAGGAAACAUCAGCAAUGCAUGCUACUCGCAAAGCUCUGGCUCCUCUUGACUUAGGACCAUCCGAGUCGUCUUCCACAGCAACGGAAGGAGAGUGUGGCACGGAAGCAGGCAACAGCGUUGACAGUUCACCGACCGCCGAAGUUGCGCCUGGUCAGCCGGUUUGGAAAGAUGUUGCCCAGCCGCCAAAGCAAGCGGCAACUGCAACCAAUAAUGUCGAGCAGACGAGUGCUGCUCCAGCUGCUGCCAAGCCGCAGUAUUUGAGAAUUGAGCUGCCGGACAAGCAGAGUACUGUUAUCCUAUUACAGGACGGCAUGACAGCUGGUGAUGUACUGGAUGUGGCAUGUGAGAAGAGGAAUCUUGACCCAGACGGUACAUUCCUGGUGCUCGGUCUGAAUCGUGCUGACACAGGAAUGGAGUUUCGACUUGCUAACCUUGAUCAAGAGAUGAAAGAUAUGAUGUACGACAUUGUGGAGGUCCGUGAGAAAGUGGUGAGCACCGUACAUCUGGCGUUACCGGAUACUCGCACUCUCGGCAAUCUCUCUGUUGUUUUCGGCUUUGAAGUGGACAUCUGUGAAGGUGCAGCCCUGGAUCAGCCCAGUGUCUACGUGACGGAAGUGUUGGCAAACAGUGUGGCUCACAGUGCUGAUUUGCAUAUUGGUGAUGAGAUUCUGUCUAUCAAUAUGGAGGCUGUGGAAGAGCAAACUCGCAGCAGGAUCAUUGAGCUGCUACAGGCACCUGUCUUGUCGAUGGUAGUUCGUUCGUGCGGAGCAUUCAGUGUCGUGCCCGAUACCAAUCUCAUCGAUGAGCUUGUUUGCCCUGCACCGCCCAGCUUUGUGGAUCUGACCGAUGUCUCUCUGGAAGAUCUUAUGGUUCCCAAACCACCUGGGGAAGACCAGCCUGAUGGUGUUGACGAAGAUGGCCAGGAUGACAACUUUGCUGCGGUGGAAACCGAGCAGAUCGACAAGUUCCUGCAGAAUAUUGAAGAGCUGAAUGCGUACCUGCUGACGUUACAAAUGGAAGCACCUCCAGUGGCAGUCACCGCAUCCAUCAACCACACUGUAUCCAAGGAGAAGCGCAUUUCCAUGUGUGCUCAGGAGCUAGUGGAUACUGAGCGUCACUACAUCAAGAAACUGACCAUCCUGCUUGACCGCUACCUGGAGCCGUUACGUUUCGAGACUUUCAUUCCCAAGGAAACGCUUGAGCUAGUUUUUGGCAAUAUUCGUGAUGUGGUGAUUUUUCAGCGCCAAUUCCUGCAAGAUUUAGAAGAUUCACUUCGGCACAUUCAGUCCGCCGAUGACAAGGCUUCAGCACAAUCUAUCCGUCUGAUGAUCUUCUCGCUGAGUGGCUCUGUUUUGUUCUACAUGCGCCGGUUCAAGAUGUACAGUUCCUUCUGUGUCAGUCAUAUGGAGGCAAACCUAUUCCUCAACAAACCCGAAUCCCUUGCCAAUGAACAGCUUCAGGAGUUCUUGCGCGUGCGCAAUCCGAAGAAGGACAGCGCAAUGUCUUUACCGGCCCUCCUCAUCAUGCCAAUAUUGCGUCUUAUGCGCUACCCAUUGUUCUUGGAGACUAUGCGCUCACUGACUGUUCCAGAUAGCACCGAGCACCAGCGGCUAACAGAGGCAAAGUCUGGCAUGGAGCACAUGGCAGACUACAUCAACGAGAUGCAGCGUAUCAAUGACCAGUUUGGUGUUCUGUUCCACCAGCUACUCACGGAGUCCGCUUUUACCGAGCCAUGGCUAAGUGCAUCGAUCAACGACCUGUGUCAACAUCUGGAGGUUAUGUGGCUCAACGCCAAUCAGUCUCUCAUGCAUGGCCAUAGCUGGAAGAAAGGUGUCGGGCCGAGGGCUCAUUGUUUUGUCUUCAAGACAAUCAUAGUCAUCUUGUGUGAACCGCACAAGGGCAAGCGCAAAUCAACAAAGAACCUUGCGGAUGCCCCAGCCAUGCAGCAGUCAGCGGUCACAAUGGACGACUUGCUGUUUUGGACUGUUGUCCGCACCUCACGUGCCAAAGCGGUUGACUUGCCUGAUUCUGAUGGUGUGACUGAUAUGUGGCAGCUGGUCAACAAGACAACCCAGCCGGUGACCACUUAUCUCUUCAGAGCCAUAGCUGACGGCGAAAAGCCAGCCGCGGUGACUACGAUACGGCAGGUAAUACGCGACCGGAACGCAGCGCUGACUGCUCUAACGCCUGGCACCGCGCGGAGAAAACUGGCCAGCGCCCAGCAGCAAGGAGUGGAGAGUGGUGGCAGUGGUGGUGCUGGUAGUGGUGCAGCACAGCAGAUCAGCGUCACGUCCUACUCACGCCAUCACGAGGCAAGCACGACCACACGAGUGGUAUCGCCCGACAGCGAGGCCGGACUGUUCACGCGCUCGGCGCAGCUCCGCACCAGCAAUCGCAAGCGGCGAGCGUCGGAAUGCGGACGUAGCAUAGAGACCGCAGCGGCCGCAGCUCUUGGGGCCAGCGAGGACUAUUUUGCAACUGAAGAAGUUAACUGUUGAUUUCUAACCUUGAUUGUAACCGGUUUCCAUCCUAGAUCUGGCUGUAUACCUCCUAUCUGUACAUAUCCGACCACUGCUUAGCUAAGUAGGCAUGUUGCUGGUAACAAUGAUCUUGAGAUUACAGCUGUACAUUGAACAGAGUGGCGAUGUUUAUCUCAAGUUUAGUUUGACGUCUUACUCGGAACUGGGUACUUGGUUUUUUUUUCAUUUGAAUUUCUAGUGAAGCAUUCCAACCACAUGAUGUGGUUGCGAUACAAUGCUCGGUGUACGGGCAAGAUGAGAUUGAUGAGAGCGAGGAAUAAAUUUGCUAUUUAUCGGAA